AUGCAUUUGAAAUUAUUAUUUUUUUCUGUUUAUUUAAUCAUAAAUAAUAUAAAGUUUUUUAUACUUUGUUUUUUCUUUUUUAUUUAAGUUUAAUUAAUUUAUUAUUUUUGGAAUGAUUUUUAUUUAGUAUUUUUUUUUUUUUUAAAAAAAAAGAUAUUUUAAUUAAUUAAUCAAAAUAAACCAAAAACAAUAAAAUGUCUAUAGAUUCAAUUUAUAUAACUAAUUUAAAUAAGUAAACUAAUAUAUAUAUAUAUAUAUAUUUACCAAUAAAUCAUAAGUGAAAUAAUUUCAUAUAAGAAUUACAAAUGCAAAAAUUAAAAUAAAAUAAUAGAAGAGUUUCAUAAAUAAUAUGUAUAGAAAUUCAAAAGUAUGAUAAAAAGUCCUGAAAAACAAUAGUAUCCUUUGAUAAAUAUAAAUGAUCAUAUAUGUGCAUUUUAAACAAUUAAUGAUUUUAUUAUAGUUUUUAUAAUAACAGAAGAAGUAUUUAAAACAAAAAAUAUGUUUCUGAAUAAAAAAAUAUUAUAUAAAAUAUAGAUUCCAAUAUUAUUAAUAUAUAACUUAAUUCAUUUGUUAGCAGAUGUGUUAAAAUCUACUUUUAAAGAUAUAUUGAACAGUGAAAAAUUGCGAAAUAAUUUUAGUUCUUUAACAAUAACAUUAGAUCAUUUUCUGGAAUAAGGAGUUCCCUUAAUAACCUAAAAAUUUGUUUUAGAAUCACUUUUAUAACCUUAGGGCUUUUUAGAUAAAAUAGAAGAAGUGGUAAUAGGAUAAAAUUAACAUUGGCAAGAAAAUUUUAAAGCUUUAGAACAUUAUGUUAAUGGUUUAAGUGAUUUAACUUAUAAUUAAAUUAACAGAGUCGAGAAUAUUAGAUAUAAAGAGGAAUUAUUAUUUGACAUAAUUGAAUAUUAUGAUUGUAUAAUAGAUAAAUAAAGUAACUUCAUAACUUCAGAAAUAAACGGAGAAAUAAAAAUGGAUUGUUAAUUGAGUUAAUAGCCUUAUGUAUAAAUAUAUUUAAAUAUGCCUUAAGAAAUUUUUGAUUAUUCUUUACAUGAUUCAGCUUUAGAUUCUGCUGAAAAAUUCGAAAAUGAAAAAGUUCUUUCUUUUAUUCCGCCUUCUGGUUUAUCUUCAAUUUUAUAUUAUAAGUAAAAAAUUUAAAUAAAAUUUAUAUUUUUUUAUUUUACGAAAAGUAUCAAAAAUACUUCGCCAAGAGUUCCUUUUGACCUUUUUCAUCAUUUAGAAAUUAAUAAUAAUUAAGCAAAAUUAGAACUAAAACUUUAAAAUAGAUCAGUAAGAGGAAUUGAAUAUAAAACAGAAGAUUUCUUUAUUAAAGUAAUGCUUCCUAAUGGUAUUUAAUAAUCUGAAAUAUCACAAAAUUAUGGAACUGUUACAUCAUAAGAAAACGUAGCUUUUUGCUUAAAAAAUAAAAUAAAAUAAAAUAUCUUAUAAAAAAAAUAGGCUUUAAUAUGGAAAGUAGGGACAAUUAUAAAAGAUGAAGUUUUAAAAUUAAAUGCAAUUUUUAAAUAAAAAAUGCAUAAAAAUUUAAAAAAUAGUCAUUUUGUUGUUUGUUUAAAAUUUACAAUUAAUGAUUAUUCAUUAAGUGGUAGUAAACUAGAAAAAGUAACAGUCAAAAAUGGGGCUUAGAAUUUAAAAAAAGGUUUUAAAAUUUUAACAAAAUCAGGAAAUUAUGAAAUAAGAUUAAAUUGA